AUCUGUUAUCACGUACUUGAAGGCUUCUACUUACUCCACUUUCAUGCAAAACGGUCGGAAUGUCCAAGGGAGCGACAGGGCUCAGAUAUGGGCUCGGAUGUCCUCACGGAGCGCGCUUGGGGUUCUACCUCAACUUCCGAUCCAUCGUCGACGCGCACAACAAAUGGUGCUCAUGGACUACGAACAGCAUCAGAUGCGACUUUGCCUGACCCAACACCAAUCAUUCCAUACUGGUCUGCAAAGCGUCAUCUCACAUGUGGUAAUCCUGCCCCUCGUUCAUCUUCAGCACGUCUCUUUCCAUGGCGAGGAAGUGCACCCGGAAAGCUCAAGACCGCAAAUGCUGCUCUCGUGCUCUGCCUGAACAUUGAUGUCGACCCCCCAGAUAUCAUCAAAACUAAUCCCUGCGCAGCACUCGAGUGCUGGGUCAACCCUCACUCCCUCCCAUCCCAUAAGGCUCUCGAAGCCAUUGGAUCUAACCUACAGCACCAGUUUGAAGGUCUGAGUCUCAAGAUUCCUUACAAACCCAUCCUCGACCCCUCCUAUGAGGACCUCCGCCGUUUCUGCAUCACUCUUCGUAAACAGGCGAAAGACGAAACAGUUUGUUUUUACUACAACGGUCACGGCGUCCCGAAGCCCACCCCCAGCGGGGAGCUUUGGUGCUUUAACCGGAAUUAUACCCAGUACAUUCCCGUCUCGCUCAUGGAGGUCCAGACCUGGCUUGGCAGCCCAGGCGUGUACAUCUGGGAUUGCAGCGCUGCCGGGCACUUGCUCUCCAACUUCAUAACAUUCGCUGAACGUCGGGAUCAGGAUGCGUUCACCACCCGUGGGGGCUACGCAGACGGCAUGCAGCCGUACAUGAACUCCCUUCAACUCGCCGCGUGUGCUUCCCAUGAACAACUUCCAACAUGCCCAGAGUUGCCAGCAGACGUCUUCACGUCAUGUCUGACUUCCCCCAUUGACAUCGCACUGCGAUACUUCAUCAUGACCCACCAUCUCCCUAACAACAUCACCCCCGACAUGGUCAUGCAGCUACCAGGAGACCUCAAGGACCGUCGGACACCUCUCGGCGAGCUCAACUGGAUAUUCACCGCUAUUACAGACACCAUUGCGUGGACCACGUUCCCUCGGGACGUAUUCACGCGGUUGUACCGCUCGGACCUUCUCAUUGCAAGUCUCUUCCGAAAUUUCUUGCUCGCAGAGCGCAUCAUGAAGAACUACCACUGCACCCCCCACACACACCCUCCACUUCCAGCCACAAACACGCACCAACUCUGGGCAGCAUGGGAUCUAGCUCUAGACACAUGCCUGCGCCAGCUGCCUGAGCUGCUUGCGAAGACGACGCCGGGCGUGUCCAGCAGUCGUCCUCCAAGUCCCGUUACUGGCACAGGUGCGCGCUCAGGACACAUAGGCCAGCGCGGGUCUUCUGGUGCUCCGAACACCGAGAAACCCUAUCAGUAUAUCCCGAGUCGCUUCUUUACCGACCAGCUCACUGCGUUCGAGGUGUGGAUUUCACGCGGUGGCUCAGCACUCACAAAGCGUGGUCCUCUUUCCCUACCUCUCCAGAACGGUGGGGAUCGUUGUGACACUCCUGACGUGGUGAACGGAACCACCGCCCCCGAUGCUGAUCUUGUCCCGCGCAAGCCCCCCGAUCAGCUCCCCAUCGUCCUGCAAGUGCUGCUCUCGCAGCCACAUCGACUUCGAGCGCUGAUACUCCUCUCCCAAUUUGUGGACCUCGGACCAUGGGCCGUCAACCUUGUACUUACCAUUGGUAUCUUCCCAUACAUAUCCAAGCUAUUACAAGCCGCAGGCCAGGACCUGCGCCCAGUAUUGAUCUUCAUAUGGGCGCGCAUCCUCGCAGUAGAUCCCAGUGUUCAGGUCGACCUAUUCAACACGGGAGGGUUCAAGUACUUCGCGAAUGUGCUAGCGACGCAGGAAGACAACGAGCUGCCAAACAGCAGUGAGCACAAGGCCAUGUGCGCGUUCAUUCUCAGUGCCGUCGCAAGAGAUUUCUAUAACGGCCAGAUGGCAUGCUGGCGCGAAAGGGUAUUCGACGCUUGCUCCGAGCGUCUAGAAGAGGGCGACUUUUUGCUGAGGCAGUGGAGUGCGUUAUGCAUCGCGCAAAUAUGGGACUCCAAUGAUGAGGUCAAAGUCUAUGGUGUCGAUCGUGGGAUACAAGACAAACUCAUUCUCAUGCUAUCCGACGACUCGCCUGAAGUCAGAAGCGCAGUCCUGUACGCCCUGUCAACUUUCAUGGGUGCGGCUGGAGGCAAAGGUCAAGGUGGUUGUGGCACUGGGACUCAGUAUCAGCUCGAAGAGCGCAUUCACUUCAGGAUGGAGGUGGCUGUCGCAACUGGAGCUACCCUUGCUGUGAGGGAUGACGCAAGCCCGAUGGUACGCAAGGAGCUGCUCGUCCUCAUAAGCUGCCUCGUGCGCGAAUGGCGUGGGCACUUUGUCGUUUGCGCGUGGAUGUACUGGGAAGAGGACCGGCGAUGGCGUGCAGGUGACCCGUAUGCCCAAUCUCACCAUGUAGAAGAAGAGGUCACAGCUCAGGCACUUGCUGAAUGGUUGGACGGAUUUGGUGACGACGAAGGUGCGAGGGAAGAAAAUCGGGUGUUGCUCUCAAGCUUCUUUACAAUUUUCGUUGUGCUCAUGGAGUUGACAAUCGACCCAUACCACGAGGUCGCGACACUCGCACAGACAGUGAUGGACUACAUAUUUGCUCUGCUCCUCGCAUCACCAUUUGCGAAGCUUAACCUCGUUCCACCACUACCUGUGGAUUACAAGCCCGCUGGUGCAAACGGCGUGCACUCACGCGCGGGCUCGGCACAAAGCUCACCACUGAUGCAACGCCCGCCCUCACCGGCAUUGUCCCGUCCAUCAAAUACACUCCGGCGUACGUCUUCCUUCGCCAACACACUGCGUCAUUUUGCCGGGAGCAUCCCUUUCCCCAGCAAUGAUGAAUCACGUGCCCCGCCAAGCCCUGUACCAUCUUCGCUCUCCCGUUCUGACGCCCUCAUUGCUUCGCGGCCCCCAUCACCCAACCUCAACGUCGCACAGUACGCUUCGCCCUAUUCACGUCCGCCAACGCCGUCACGGGAUAGAGACUUGACUUCGCCUCCUGUUUCGCCAAUCGCAGGAACUGCCAACUUCCUACCUUCACAUGUUAUGGAGGCGCUUGUGGAGGAGGAUAUGGUGCGUCUGCGAGCACGACGUCGGGGAGGAGCACAUGGACGACGUUCUGCGGGCUCAGGGCUCGGUCAUGGAGGAGGCAGUGCCAGUGGUGGCCUCAACAGUCCAUGCGAGAGCACUUUUUCUAUGGACUCGAAUGUCAGCAAUGUACCGCUUGGCUGUGGGACCGGGAACGGGCUGCGUGACGUAUUGCCCCUAAAGAGCUCGUUCUUUGCAUGGUGUUGCGAAUACUUUACGGAGCCACAGAUGCGGCAAACGGAGGCGGACGAGCCAGGAAGCGUGCAGUACAAUUAUCAAGUGUGGAGGCAGCAGCGAAAUGAGCAAGUUAUCGCGGAGACACAGACACAGGCAAUAGUUGCUGAGAGCUCGAGAUGGGAUCGUCCCGUGGCUAACCUGCACGUGAAUAGUCAUCCGUUGUGCAUGGCCAUGCACGCGUACGACCCCCACCUAGUUAUCGCGAAUGAUACCGACAUGAUCAGUGUUUGGGAUUGGACGCAACGCAAGCGCUUGAAUUACUUCUGCAAUGGUAAUCCUAAAGGCACGAGUAUUACGUCCCUACACAUCAUCAAUCAGGAUGUAGGGGGAAUCAUUAUGACUGGUGCAGCCGACGGAAUCGUGCGUCUGUACCGGAAUUACGACCCCACGUUGAAUCAGGGUCCGCUGCAGAUGGUCAGCUCAUUCCGUGCGUUACAUGAUCUGAUCCAGGUGCGGAGAGGCAGUGGCCUUGUACUAGAUUGGAAACAAUCGGGUGGCACGCUGCUGAUCGGAGGCGACUCUCGUAUCAUCCGAGUAUGGGAUGCCCACACGGAGACCCAAGUCCUGGAUCUCGAUACGAAUUGCGAGAGUCCUGUGUCGUCCAUCACGUCCGAUCAGGGAUCGUCGUCCACGUUCAUUGUUGGCUUUGCCGAUGGCUUGGUCAAAGUUUUCGAUCGUCGAUUAGAGGAAGAAGAUGCUAUUGUUAGAUCGUAUCAUGACCAUCACUCAUGGGUACAGAAUGUUAAAUACCAUCCGCGCAUCAGCGGUCAGUUCUUGUCGGCCAGCCUCGCUGGCGAAGUCCGUCUAUGGGAUUUAAGAGGCUCUGAUACAGCAGCUCAAGCUUGGGACUUGCACCAUGCUGGCUUGUCCACGUUUGAUGUGCAUUCACAGACGGGCGUGUUUGCCACAACAUCCGCCCUUACUCCUGCUAACUUUAGACACCAGCGGCUCAUGGUACACUCUAUCUCAGAUUCAUCGCCGCUCUCCACGCUGAGCCUACUGACGGGCCUGAACAUGUAUCCCUCUCGACCGCCAUCGCCUUAUAUCCCUAGGCAUACGUCUUUCGCGUUCCACCCGAUGGAGAUGUUGUACGCUGUUGGACAGCCGGAUGGUUCUGUCAAAAUCACCGGAUGCAAACUCACUUAAAGAUUGUUUGUGCACGCACACACCUCGCUCACCAUCGUCAUAUUAUAUAUUGACCCUGUGCAUUUUUCUGAUUUUCAUUGCUUUCUGUAAGUCACUGGACUUACGAACGCCCAUUCUUUUACAAAUGUUCUUAAGUCUCUCACGUGACCAGUUCAACUAACGCGUCUCGAUAAUCAGAUCUUUCUUAACUAUUACCACUACGUCCUCGUGUAUCCCCAAAUACUCCAAUCAGAUCACUUCUCUUUCUGUCCGAAACUCGUUCUUCAGAGUAACUCAGCUCACGACGGCGAUUUUCCACUUUUUCG